CUUCUUUUUCCUUAUUCUCUUUUUAUUUUGCUUCUUCAAAAUCUCCAAAGUGCUCUAUCUAUAUUUUAUAUUUUUCAUUUAGUUUAAUUCCACCUCGCAGUAAGUGUGAUUUACAAAUAAUUUGAACAGUAACUAAUGAUUAAAUUAGAUGAGCGUUUAUCAAGAUUUCAAAAUCUCUUCACACAAUAGUGUCAUAAAAGGUGCAAGCGCCAAGAACAGCAACGGCCAUCCGUGGAGAGAUUGGCAAGUGUCUCUGGUUGCUGUGGAUAACGGUAAGGAAGUAAAGGGCAAGGCUUCUCUUAUCCUGGAUCACGUUGAGUAUAUCUUGCAUCCAACGUUUGAAAACCCAAGAAGAGUUAAGACGAAGGAGCCCUAUCUCUUGCAGGAGCAAGGAUGGGGUGAAUUUGACUUGCGUGCUUUAUUACACUUUACCAACAACUUGGCCGCCCCUAAAAUCAUCGUAUUUGAUUUGAACUUUACUCAACCAAAUUAUUCUAUUAUUGAGAGAGUUGAAUUCUCUAACGCCUCUCCUGAACUUGUUCAGCUGUUGUCUUUGAAGCCUGAUUCUUUCCAUGGUCUUCCUCCAUCUUCUGCUGCUCCUCCUCCUUGGUCUGGUCAUCGUCCUAGCGCUUCAGCCUCUUCUUCAAGACACGCGUCUUCUUCUGCUGCAAAGUCCUCUUCUGCUAACAUUAGAUCUGAUUCACCUGGUAAGUCUUCAGCUUCAUCCAGAGUCUCUAGUGAAUCUCAAAGACGUUCCUCUUCUUCUAAAUCUGCUCCUCUUCAAGACAAGAAGCCUUCUGACCAAAAGGUCCCUUCAAAGAGAAUAACUUCUCCUUCCGAACUCCUUCGUUCUUCUUCUGGUUCUGGCAAGGUCAAAAAGAAGCAGUCUGCUCCGCGCUACAGCCCUAUGGACAGUGUGAAGCACAAGCCUUCACGAGCUGAUAGUCCUACAAGCAUACCUAGUGACCUCACUCCAAGCAAGGCCACUAGUUCCUCCACUAAAAGCUCAUCUCCUCUUAGGCCAGUCCCUGAUGACAUCAUUCGCUCAUCUUCUGGUUCUGGAAAAGCUAAAAGAAAACAGUCUUCCGUUCGCUAUCCAACAACUGAUCCCCUUAGACGAAAGACACAUCGUCCUGAUAGCCCUGGUACAGAUUCUUAUAAUGAUAUCAUUCCUCGCAAGCCUUCUGCUUCCCGCUCUGACUCCGCUUCUCGUAAGGCUUCCAGCUCUUAUGAUAAUGUUUCUCGCAAGUCUUCUGCUUACUCUGAUUCUACUCCCCACAAGCCAUCUACUUCCCAUUCUGACUCUGCUUCUCAUAAGGCUUCCAAUUCUUAUGAUACUGCUCCUCGCAAGUCCUCUUCUUCCUAUUCUGAUUCUGCUCCUCAUAAAACUUCUAGCUCCUAUGAUACUGUUCCUCGCAAAUCUUCUGCCCCUCACUCUGAUUCGGCUCCUUCUAAAGCUUCCAGCUCCUCUGAUGCUGCCUCUCGCAAGCCAUCCGCUUCUGCUCAUGAUACCAUUUCACGUACACCCUCUUCCAACCAAGAUACCAUUCGCCGCAAGCCAUCUGCUUCCAAUUCCAAUACUGAUACCACUUACCGCAAAUCUUCUUCCUCUAAUGACAAUACUGCUUCUCCUGCUGACGUGACGCGUUCCUCGUCUACGUCAGAUAAGGUUAAAAGGAAGCCAUCCACUACAAGAUAUCCGAGCACAAACCCACUACAACGCAAGCCAUCACGUCCUAUUAACUCUGAUUCAUCAUCUGAUGAGCUUGGACACAUCAAGAAAUCUGCAUCUUCAUCCAAAUCAAAUCGUAACCCUAAAGCAAGUUCUUCUAUAUCCAAACCAAGCAUGUCAACAAGCAAGGGACAUAACGAGGCCACCCUUCCACUUAAUGAAAUACGCCAAGGCUCUUCAAGCUCGUCUUCUAUAAAACAUUCACGCUCCUCUGCAACUGAUGACCAAAAGACCAUGCCUGCUACCAAUACAUCACAGACCACUCUGGCAAAUGAAGAUAUUAAUGUUGAACGUAUCAUGGAUUACUUCUAUAGCCCUGAAAGCGUUGGAAACAUCCAUCUUGUUCACAAUAAUGAAGUUGAUGAACUAACACGAUCUGCCUGGGACAUCCCAAACGUAAGCAUAUAACAUUUUCUCUAAUCUAUUGGCUAAUAUGUCUUAUUUAGAUAAUCAUAUCAAGACUUGCUUG